AUUCCAUCAUGGCAGGUCACCGAAUGGCUUUUAAAUAAGAGCCAGGUUGUUGUAGUUUACUUUGUGGCCAGCAGGUGGCCUAUGGACACAGGUGAGCUGUUGGAAAGGUUUGCUGUGAAUUUUCUUGAAGACAUAUUUUUCAUGCCUAGCAGCAUCUGGCUCAUCUUUGGCUAUGCAUCUGCUUCAGAUUUACUUUAGUGCGUCCACGUGACUACUUGCACCUUUUGUGCGCCGCACCCAUUAAAAGUCCACACGGUCUACCCCAGCGCACCCGUCCACCACUCAGGAGUUUGAUAUUUAGGGAAGAAGAGUAUUCAUUAUUUUACAUUCAAUUUUGUGUACUUUUCAGCUUUCUUUGAGGUUUUUGGACUAGUGUGUGUGUGUGAGAUGUCUCCAGUGUGUCGGCAGGCGUGCGGCAGUUUGUCCAGCCUGGGGGGCUGGGUGUGCCUCAUUGUCGCCGCGGCGACCAACGACUGGGUGCGCACCUGCGACUACAGCGUGGCGACCUGCGUCCGGAUGGAUGAGCUGGGGUCGCGCGGCCUCUGGACAGAGUGCGUGAUCGCACCCGCGCUCUAUCACUGCACCGCGCUCAACCAGAUCCUCAAUCUGCCCGCCCACGUACAGGCUUCCCGUGCCAUGAUGGUGUGCGCUUGCCUGUUGGGUCUUCCUGCCAUGUUGUUGGUGCUCACGUCAACUUCCUGUGUGCGUCUGCCACACGACUCUGCCGCCAGCAAAAAGAGGCGGGCCCGGGUGGGCGGCAGCCUCAUACUCCUCAUGGCUGUGCUGGGCCUGGCCUCCACCGUGUGGUUCCCGGUAGGCGUCCAUCAGGAAAAGGGUCUGAUGUCCUUCGGCUCGUCGCUGUACUGCGGCUGGGCAGGAGUGGCACUCUGCUUCCUGGGCGGCGGUGUAGUCCUCUGUUGCCAUGGUGAUGUAGAUCCCCGCGCCUUCGCCAGGGAGAGCAGCUUCUUCUACUCCAGACAGCGAAGAGGAGGGAGAGAAGGAGGAGGAGGAGCCAGCGCCAGCAUGGUGGAUGUGCCUGCUAAUCAUGCCAAGAGCGCCCAUGUGUGAGGGUGAAAAUGUCUAAGACGUAGAGCUGCACACAACAUACAAAACAUUACUUAGUCAUGAUGGGGUCUGGAUUGAGUUUUUGAGGAAAACGUAAAUUAGAUAUUGAUUGAAUCCAUUUUGGAAGCAGGCUGUGGAAAUUGGGAAGCCCUUGUAAAUACUUUGCAGAUGCGCUGCCGUUUAGCUCAUACAUGACAACAUAUUACCCUUUCUCCAAUGUACUCUAAAAUAAAGUUUUGCGACUUUUUUAA